UGUGAACGCCUUGACACAUUAACUUCCGGUUACGUCACGGGUCACGUGUUUGACACUCUGCCUGUGACUGAAGUUGAGGAAAAAGUUUUGACAAGCUCACAGGAAUCGAAACCAGCGGGUAACAUUGACGAUAGAAAGAAAAAAAAGAGCCACAGCAACCAUUUCCUGUGGGGAAACGAUGGAAUCUGUUGCCCAGAAAGUGUUGUCGUCAGGAUUUACUCUCGACUUGGGUCCUCUCAAAGAGCCGUUGGCGUUCAUCCGCUUGCUCGAAUGGGUGUUCACAAUCUUUGCCUUUGCCACAACCGGAGGCUACAGCGGCACGACCAGCAUCAACAUCCAGUGCCCUGGCAGCCAGAUUCAAGAAAUCCACGCAGACUUCAACUACCCGUUUAGGUUGAUGGAGCAUCCGUAUGAUGUUCCCACCUGUGUCGUCAACGCAACGAAGCCGGCGGUCUACUACCUGACUGGAGAUUAUGCUUCAUCGGCGCAGUUUUACGUGUGCAUCGGAGUGUUGGCGUUUCUGUACAGCACCGCCUCCCUCGUCAUCUAUUUGGGUUUCCAGAAUCUGUACCGGGGAUCGAGUCGUGGCCCGAUUGUGGACCUGCUGUUGACAGUGGCCUUUGCAUUCUUGUGGCUGGCUUCCUCCUCCGCUUGGGCCAAAGGCUUGUCCGACGUCAAGUGGGCCACCAGUCCCGCCACCAUUCUGACUUUUCUCACCAUGUGCAAGGAUGUCAACACCAAAUGCACGGCGGGUGCGAUGCCUCACAUGGGCCGACUCAACGCCUCCGUGAUUUUUGGUUUCCUGAACGUCAUCUUGUGGGCUGGCAACUGUUGGUUCAUUUACAAGGAAACUCCUUUCCACAAGUCGGCCGCACCGCCUGCUGCAGAUGCGGAGGGCGGAGGUCGGCCAUCAUAACUCCUCAUCCCGUUCGUUGUCUUCGCGGCACGUUUGCUUCUCGUGGCGUGAUGGCGCUCGAAGAACGGCUGCAGAUUAGAGGGGAUGCCGAUUCUUCGGCUAAACAUUUACACUGAAAGUUGAAGGGUCCCAAUCCCGUUUCGUUGCCGAUAUCCGGUGGG